AUGGCUUCUCUGGCAGCAUCAACAGCGGCUGCUUCCCUUGGUGUGUCUGAAUUGCUUGGAAACAGUCUGAACAACUUUAGCGGCGCAGCCAGGUCGGCCCCUUCAGCCACCACCCCAGCCACCUUCAAGACCGUCGCACUCUUCUCCAAGAAGAAGGCCGCACCCCCUCCCAAGGCCAAGGCUGUUGCUCCUGCUGACGAAGAGCUCGCCAAGUGGUAUGGUCCUGAUAGAAGAAUCUUCUUGCCUGAGGGGCUCUUGGACCGCUCAGAGAUCCCAGAGUACUUGACUGGAGAAGUUGCUGGCGAUUAUGGAUAUGAUCCUUUUGGGCUAGGCAAGAAGCCAGAAAACUUCAGCAAAUACCAAGCAUAUGAGCUAAUCCAUGCUCGGUGGGCUAUGCUUGGUGCUGCCGGAUUCAUCAUCCCAGAGGCCUUCAACAAAUUUGGUGCUAACUGCGGCCCUGAGGCUGUCUGGUUCAAGACAGGAGCUCUACUCCUUGAUGGGAACACAUUGAAUUACUUUGGUAAGAACAUACCUAUCAAUCUUGUCCUUGCUGUUGUUGCUGAGGUUGUUCUUCUAGGUGGAGCAGAAUACUACAGACUCACAAACGGCUUGGAUUUGGAGGACAAGCUUCACCCAGGUGGUCCUUUUGACCCAUUGGGGCUCGCUAAGGAUCCAGACCAGGCUGCAUUGCUAAAGGUGAAGGAGAUUAAGAACGGAAGACUUGCCAUGUUUUCCAUGCUUGGUUUCUUCCUGCAAGCUUAUGUCACAGGAGAAGGUCCUGUCGAAAACCUAGCAAAGCAUCUCAGUGAUCCCUUCGGCAACAACUUGCUUACUGUGAUCGGUGGCUCUGUGGAAAGAGCUCCAACCCUGUAA